AAUCAAGUUGGGUCAUAAGUAGGAAGAGUUUCACUCGUGUUCUGUGAAUACUGAUCAGGACGACCAUUGUGGCAGAUUCAUACAGCCAGAUUCUCGGUUGCAUCAGGGGGUUCCAACUUCCAGUCUGUGGCCUGUAAGGAACCAUGAGUGGCAAGGCCUCCAGCACCGUAGUCAGGAUCCUUCUGUGUCCUCUGGAUAUCUGCAUUUUGAAAUGGGAGACCUGCGGAGGUGCCUGAACAGCGGAGAAUAUGGAGCACUGAAAGAUUGUGAUCUGUAUGAAAGCAAUUUUUUACAGGUUACCAAGGCAGGAGAUAUUGCCACCAGAGUCACCAUGGGCAUCGCUGCCAGUAGCCCACAUCUAGAGAUGCCUGAUCUUAUGCUGCUGGCACGGCCAGUUCCCUGCCUAACAGAAUGGUGUGUAUGUCAGUGUCCUGAGGCGCUGCCUUUCGCAGAUGAGGAGCUGCAGCUGUUUGCGCUUCUGCCCUUGAAAUUCGUUCGUCUCUAUAUCCAUGAUGAAUCACGGUUCCAGCUCAAAGUCCGUCUGGCGAAUGGCCGCACUUUUUAUCUGCAGCUUCUAGCACACCCCCUCAAGCAGGAUGAGAUCUUUGGGCACUGGAUACGGCUGCUAUACCGCUUGCGCUUUUACCGCAAUGAUGCCCCCCUUACUUAUGAAAAGGAGACUGCACUGCAUCAUCGUAGAAAUACCUUUAAUUAGGAAGAGGAAAAGGAGCAAUUUUUCCUGGUAAAGAAGAAGACGCCGCCGCUCAGGGGAACCAAGGAUUUCUCUAUCCCCUCAUAGUCAUACACACUAAUACAAAGUAAGGUUCUCCUCCCAGCAGAAGCUCACAGUGUUGGAUACUUUCCUCCCCACAUGAAGUUACUGCAAAUUCCCCACUCACUUACCCCAUCAAUAAAUGAAUGGACAAAA